UCCCGCCAAGCGUUCAAGAACUCACACAAGCAAGCAAGCAGUGAGAGGCACAACACAACAACACAACACGGCGAGCGCGCCUCCUUGCCCUUCCUUCCUGCUGGAACGCGAACCACCACCCACCUCUUCCUCUACCUCCUCCACCCCACUACCCUUGACGUCCUCUUGCCCGGCGUUUUGGCUUGGCACAAAACUUACUUGCACAUUCGACCUUGCUUUCCUUUGAGCGCGCCGCUGUCCUUCCCAUCCUUCCCACCUUGCGCUGCAGAAGACGCGCACACGUGGGGUACACGAACGGGCACGCCAGCGCAGGUGUUGCAAAGGCAGCAUCUAGCAACCCCCUGGUUUCCUGCUCCGUUUAGUUACCGUGACACACCGUUACCCAUCGACACAUCAUGACCGGCCACUCCUCUGGUCGAAAGGGCCAAGUGCCCAUUAUCAAAGGCGCUUGGACUAAGAAGGAGGACGACAAAGUACGAGAGUUGGUGAAGAAACAUGGUGCAAAACACUGGUCCCUCAUCGCCAAGGAACUGCCAGGCCGUGUCGGCAAGCAGUGCCGUGAGAGAUGGCACAAUCACCUCAAACCAUCCAUCAAGAAAGGGCCGUGGACACAGGAGGAGGACGACAUCCUGCGACGCGCCCACGCCGAGCUCGGCAACAAGUGGGCGGAGAUUGCAAAACGCCUUCCCGGCAGAACGGACAACAACGUCAAGAACCGCUGGAAUUCAACAAUGCGCAAGCAUGGACAGAAAAAAUCAUCAUCAUCAGAGCGCUCUGGCCGAUCGUCCAAGGGCAAAGGCUCACACGACAAGCGCCGACCGUCUGCGCUGGUGAACCGAAUGACAGCGACCGCACAGGCCAACGCAUCGCCGUCACCAGCAUCAACAGCAACACAAGCGGUGGGCGCGUCGUCGUUGUCGUCGCCACACACUUCCGGCAUGACCCAGUCUGGUGGUGCCGGUCUGUCCCUGCUCGGCGGGCAGUUUCUCUCUGCAGAUGUGUACAGUCUCCCGCACGACCCGGGCCCAGAUGCGCCAACACCCACAGCGCUGUAUCCGCGCGUUAACGCGUUUGACCCGUUUCUACAGGGCCACCACCACCAUCAUCACAACAGCACCCAGCAACAACAGCAACAGCAGCAGCAGCAGCAACAACAACAACAACAGGAGGCGCAAUCACGUCGACUGCAACCACGUGACAUCUACAGCUUGCACACGCCGCAGUCCCACCACCAACAACAACACCAACUGCAACAACAGCCGUCGCACGUGUAUGCGCGACCCGGCGUUCUUUACAAGGACGAUGGGGUUGACGACGCGACGUUCUCCGACCACUCGCCAUCGCAGCAGCCCGUGAGCGCAGAGGACAUGAUGGCGGUGGCCCACAGGCCGCACAAGCACCGCACCAGGCACCGCAGCCGUGCGCGCCGCGCGCAUGAUCAGCGACGCCGCCAUGAUGGUGGUCGUAGGGACGACAGUGAACACGAUGAUGAUGACGACAAUGAUGGCGGUAGCGGUGAUGAUUGUGACAACGGAGACGCCGUGGACGGCAGCAACCACGACAGGCAUGUGCAGAGCGGUUGUGGCGAGGGCGAUGAUGCAACAACAGCAGUAGGUAGUGAUGGAAGCACGUCCAUUGCACACCAGCAGCAUGUGCUGUACUCGCCGCCUGUUGCCGGAUUUGAUCCGCUGUCUGCAGCCACCAACGCGUCACCGCUGCCAUCCCGCCUCCGUGACGCUGCCGCGAAUGCCGAUGGUCAAAGCGACGAGGCGCCGGCGCCGUCGCUGUCUGCCACGCCCAUGCGUUAUCGUCGCCCCAUCCUCUUCACCCCGACACACGACCCGCUCGCAGGCGGCGUCGCAAGAUGGGACGACUCGCCUGUCAGAAUCACGCCGAGAAAAGCCCGCGUGCACGAGCCGGCGCUGACGCUGCCGCGGACGCGCAUCCAACCAAAACCGCUGCCGGUCCUGCCGGACCCAACGUCCCCCUGUGCAUCUCCACUCGCCCUCAUGUCCCCGGACAGGCUCGCCCGCGACGUACUCCUCCUCGACACAAUCAGGACGUCGGCAGCGCCCACCGCUGCUGUUGGCGUUAGUGGUGCUGGGAAUGGCACCAGUGCAGCGGACCAGUUGCCCACCUCGCCCCGCAUGGGCAGAAUGACAGCGAUGACAGCAGCAGCAGCAGCGGUGAGCGGCCGCAGCAGAGGAACCGCCAGCGCAGACAGCCGGAGCGGUGGCAGCGGUGGCAGCAGCGUUGCCCAUGCCAGUGCAGUGCCGCGGCAGAUUUCGCAGGCGAUGAUGGCGCGGGCGCAGCAAAGCCAUUUGGCGUCGCCGUCCCGCUACUUCUCGUUCCCGACAGUCGCCGCAGAACCAGCAAGGGCGCCACCACCAGCAGCCACCACCAGCAGCAACAGCAGCCGGCAGCGUGACCAUGCGAAGGAUGACGACAAUGCUGAUGAUGAUGAUGAUGAUGAUGAUGAUGAUGAUGAUGAUGAUGAUGAUGAUGAUGAUGAUGAUGAUGAUGAGAGAGAGAACGAGGACACGGCUGCGAGCACCGCCAUGGAGACGGAGGCUGAUGACGCGCAAGAGACCGAGAUGCGCGGUGACACCGCGGCCCCGUCCAGUACCACCACAACCAGCACAGCUACCACAACGGCGGCCACUGCGAGUGCGCCUGCGACAGUCUUGUCUUCGAAGAAGACGCGAGCUGCGGUUGCGCGCAAGGGAGCGGUUGCGGCGGGCCGGAGCGACAAGGCGCCUAUGUCAUCGCCGCAGACGCCGUCACACCGCGCUGCAGCACGCGCACAUGCACACGGGACACGCGCGCAGGAGACGCCGUCAACCUCGGACGCGUUUGGAUCCAGGAUUGGCCGGUCCACCAAGAUGUCGCUGCUUGCCAAGUUUGGUGCGUCGGCGGCGACAAGCGGUGUGGAAUGGAAGCACGGCCUCGCGUCACUUGACCAGAACUCAAAGCGCCCAAAGGUUGCGGCAUCGCCCACGCGUCGUGCUGCCCAGCAUCGCACGUGAAUGCAAAUGCAAUUCAGCUGCAUAGACACCAUCAAAGUGCAUGCUUUUCUGUCCACCACUGGCUGGUCCGGGGAACAGCCGUGCCCAUUUGCGUUGAUUUUUGUUGGGGUGGAGCCAUCCAUUUUUCCUUUCUUCACCAAACGCGUUUUGUGUGGUUUUGAAGUAUGACUGCGUUUGCACUUUCUACCAUCAUUGCGUAGUGCAUCCCUUUUGUUGUCACUUGCUCGCCGAUGAGUUGCGCCUGAUUUCAUACUCCAAAUGCAUUCGUUUAUUCUUGGCACCGCCCAACCGGCCCCCUUGUCAGCAUCUUUGUUCCUUCAUGCGCCUGCGUCUGCUUUCUCUUUCUUUGCUUUCGCUUCCACCAUGCCUUUCUUCCCUUCUUUUUUCUUUCUUUCUGUUCACUGCCUCCUAAUUGUAUAUGCGGCGCGCAUGCCUAUGUGAAUGGUUUGUGUCUGUGUGUGUGUGUGUGUGUCUGUCUGUCUGUCACUUUAAUGUUGCGUCGAUGGCUGUGUUGUGUAUUUUGUGGUGUGUGCGCGUUUUCUUGUUUUUCAGCCUUGGUGCCAGCACGCACAACCGCUGCUUGCUGUUGCUGCCCUUGCUUUCUGCUGUUCAAUGUCACCGCUCUUGUUCCUUUUGUAUGCGGUGCUGCUGUGCGCUGCUUUGUUCAUGCAGCGCGCAAACCAGGGUGCGAUUGUUUUAACACCCAUGUCAUGCCACACAUGCCGUAUGUGAGCGUGCACCCCCGGCUUUGCCCGUGCAACACACGAGUUUUCGAUGCACAUCAAUGCCUGUUGUCUUCUUCAUCCAUUUUUUGUACCUGCACACCCCACCUGCUUUCCGUUCCUCUGUUCCUAAUGACACAUGCAAUGACAAUGGCCCGAC